AUGCAAAUUGCUAAUCGAACUACACGUCGGUAUAUCACACCACCGGCAAAUAAUCGGUUAGCAAGUAAAAAACCAACUCAUGUUCCACCUGUAUCUCAUUCUUCACCCAAGAAAGCCAUUGAAACUUCAGCGCAGAAAACAAAAGAUGAUCCGGCGACGUUAAAAAAACUUGUUGACCGUUUCCGUUACGAUGAACCUCAAGCCCGGCCAGAGCGCGAAUCAGUUAAUUCUGAUUUCUGGUGGCUACACGAUGAACUGAAAAAUACUUAUGGAUCCGACACCGAUCGGGAUGAUGGGUCUCGAGCAAAUAUUCCUGAAUUUAUUGAAGUCUUUCCUUCGACGGACAUUGAUCACGAUUUGAGUAAACGAGCGUCGUUACUUCUUAAUCAAACCGUGAGCGCGCACUCAUCUGAUGUUGGUCAUGUUUCAAGUGUGGGGAUUGGUUCGACGCCAUCAACAACAAUGACUACAACAACCACCACCACCAGCACUUUUCAACCUCCUGUUCGAGAACAGCCAGCUCGACCGUUGUUUACACGAAUCACUGAUUCAAAAUAUGAAUUUAAAAGUGAUGGCGGUGAUGAAGACAUCUUAUAUCAGUGGCGAUUGAGAAGACGAUUAGAGCAAGCACAGAAUGGCGAACCCAUAACCUUUCCGUCAAAGAUAGCAAAUAGAGCUAAUCUAUCUCCUGUACGUCCAAUUCUACCAUCUGUGCCUAUCGAAAUACCUCCAGUGGUUCUACCGCUUCCAACACCACCUCCGCCACCAAUAUUAUCAGUGACGAAACCACUGUCGCCACAGCCGAGAGAAACACAACAACAACAACAACCAUCAAUUACUAUUUCCGAUUCAGAGCCUAUCAAACAAUGUAUUACCACCCCUAUUCCGAUUCGACAGUAUUCAGAAGCAGCAACUCAAACACUACAAGAUGCUUGUAUUCAAACAUCUCCGACUAUUGAGCAUCCUCUUUCUUCAUCAAAUUUCAUGAUGAAUGAAAUCGAUCUUUGCCCUACACGAGAUGAAAAUCACCAGUCAUCAGUAUGGCAUCGUCCUCCACCAUCUCUACCUUCCAAAUGUGAACUUACACGAACAUCAUCAUCAUCACCUUCGCCCGUCAAACAUCACCACCGUCGUCAUCAUCAUCAUCAUCAUCAUUCCUUUCGUCCAGUUGUAAGCGCUGGCCAUCCGACUAUCCAAGACAGUUCUCAUCAUCAACAAUCGAUGAUCUAUCCUUCAAAUACUGUUCAGUCAUCGCAAGAUAGUACUCUAACACAAGUGACCUCAAUUAUGUUGAAUGAUAAUCAUCAUCAUCAUCCAGCUGGUCUUGAUAAUCAUGAACCAUAUCGAGACAAUACCAGCAUUGCGAUCAUCGACGAAUCUCAGCAAGAUUACGGACAGGUUGAUUAUUCAAAUGAUGAAAUCUUGAAUAUAUUAAUUCAAAAACGUAAUGAACUUCUGGUAACAUUUCGAGAUAUUGAACAACAACUUGCAUGCAUGAAUUGA